AUGUACACACACAAAGCAUUGAAAACAUUAAAAACAACAACAAUCCCCCCCCCCUCCUUUUUUCCUUUCACAAACAACAGAGCCAAAUGUCCGUUGGAGCGCUCAUUCUCUUUUAUAUUUUUCAAUCCUGCCACCUUCCCGUCUUGUUUUGAUGUUUUUGUUAUUUUUAAAUUGCGAAAUAUAAUUUUGUUUUAUCCGAUAAAGAGAGGAUUCACAACAACAGAAAAAAGCAGAGUAGGUAAUGGAUAUGGGGAUGGAUGCAAAUAAGUUCAAAAUUCCCGCGGAUAACCUUCUGUAUCCGCUGUAAAUAUUCGGAUACAGACACCAAAAUUCAUGUCCAU